GAUGGAGGGAGUACUAUAUAAACAAAUGCACAAACACAAGUUACUAACAUUCCAAUCUCUUAACGGCUUCACCCAAGUCUUAGGUCCACAAUUUCCAAAUCAAUGGAGCUACCUGUAAAUAAAGGCAUACUCAAUACAGCCAUACUUGUAUCCAUAGCGCUAAUCACCGCCACCCUAAUCUAUCCGGUGUUCCACCAAAAAACCUCCUCUUCCGUAUCCACCUAUUUCUACAAUGCAGCAGACGAUACGAGCCAAGACGGAUGCAAUAUCUUCACGGGCGAAUGGGUCCCGGAUCCGGAUGCUCCGUAUUACACCAACAACACUUGCUGGGCCAUCCACGAGCACCAGAACUGCAUGAAAUACGGGCGACCCGACUCCGACUUCAUCAAGUGGAAGUGGAAACCCGAAGACUGCGAUUUGCCCUCUUUCAACCCCUCUCACUUCCUCCAUAUGCUUCGGGAUAAAUCCAUGGCCUUCGUCGGAGAUUCCGUCGGGAGGAAUCAAAUGCAGUCCAUGAUAUGCCUCCUGUCCAAGGUAGAAUACCCAAUCGACGACUCCCCAACUUCCGACGAGCAGUUCAAACGGUGGAAGUAUGCAGAUUACAAUUUUACCCUCGAAUAUUUCCGGAGUCCAUUUUUAGUAAGAUCCGAAGAGCGCGACCCGGACGGCCCGACCCACACCGGCCUCUUCAACCUCCACCUCGACGAGUUCGACGAGUCAUGGACGAGUCACAUCGACUCGGUCGACUACCUCGUCCUCAACGCCGGCCACUGGUUCACCCGCCCCGCCGUCUACUACGAGAACCGCCGCGUCGCCGGCUGCCACUUCUGCCAGCUCCCAAACACCACCGAUCUCCCCGUAUCCCACGCCUACCGCCGCGCCAUACGGACGGCGCUCAGGGCCGUGAACAGCCGGCGGGGCUUCGGCGGCGUGGCGCUCCUCCGCACGUUCGCGCCGUCGCACUUCGAGGGCGGGCUGUGGAACGAGGGUGGUGACUGCGUGCGGCGGCGGCCGUUCCGGAGGGGUGAGGCGAUUUUGGAGGGGGCGGAUUUGGAUCUGUACAUGAUUGAAUUGGAGGAAUUUAGGGCGGCGGAGAAAUUGGGGAAGAAGAGGUGGCGAUUGAUGGAUGCGACGCAGGCGAUGGUGAUGCGGCCGGAUGGGCACCCGAGUAAGUAUGGGCAUUGGCCCAAUCAGAAUGUGACUUUGUAUAAUGACUGUGUGCAUUGGUGUUUGCCUGGGCCCAUUGAUAAUUGGGCUCAGAUGUUGCAGCAUAUGAUUAUGUUGGAGGCCCGGAGGGAUUAUAAGGACGGAUUUUUCAAAAUUCAGUGAACAAAUUCUUUGGAAAGGAAAUUGUGGUUUAGUAAAGAUGUAAACUGAUGGUGAAUGUGUUUUUGAGGUUUACAGCCGCGGUGUGAUGAGUUAUCAAUAAUAUUGAGACUGGGUGGCAAAGAUUUUGAUUGGUGUA